UUCACCUGAAAUGUGGGAAAAACCACGAAUAGAUGGAAAGAAAAAAGUGGAAAGUAAUGCAAUACCAACAAUUUUUGGACAUAAAGUAAAAAAGAAUAAUAUGACAGCAUUACCUGUAAUACAUGACAAUGGAAUUGGUACUGAUUCUUCCAAUAACGAAAUAUGUACAUCAGCUACACUUGAAGAAUUACCAACAUGUGACUCAUUGACAAACUUCAAAAAUAAAGAAAUGGAAAAGCUAUUGCCAAUAAUAAAUGUUACAAAUCUUGAAGAGGCGGUAUUAAAACUCCAAAACACUUUACUAGAGGCUGAACAGGCAAAAGAAGAAGCUAGACGAACGGAGCUUAAAUUUAAGGAUGCAAAUGUAAUGAUUUUUAAGAUAAAUAAAUCUAAAAUGAGCCUUAAAAACCACGUAAGGAAGCUUAUGGAUCAAAACAAGAAAUUGACAGAACAAAUACGUGCUUUGAAAGCGAACAAGAACUUGUCAAAGAUAUUAAAUGACGAUCAAAUUGUAGCUUUUAACAGACAUGCACAAGGUUGCAGGUGGUCUAAAAAUACCAUCAUGAAAGCUCUUCGACUGAAAAUGUGGUAGUAGUGGUUACAGAGAAGUUUUAAAUCAGGGCAUUCCUUUGCCAUCGGAGCGUACGCUCCGAAGAAAACUAGAAAAUAUUAAUUUUGAACCUGGUGUUUGUGACCAAAUAUUUGAUAUACUACAACAACAAGUUUUACAAUUUAGUGAUGACCGA